CAUUAAUUCUAAUAUGACUCAAACGGUAAACAAGGAGGAAAUGAUUCAGGAGAUGAUGGCAAAAUGGCCGCACGUUGUUCGUGAUAUUACAAAAAUGGUUGAGGAUUUAAACAUUCCAGAUGUUACUAAAUGGGUGGAGAAAGUAACUCAUUAUUGACUAAAAUACCGUACAAUAACUAAUGCGAAGAAUAUGUUACACUAUAAUGUCCCAAAAGGAAAAAAAAGUCGUGCCUUAGCAUUCAUCAAUGCCUAUAAGUUGUUGAUGCCUAAUGAUAAACUUACACAAGAUAACAUUAAUUCAGCAUGGAUUUUUGCAUGGUGUAUAGAAAUGAUGCAAAUUAGUUUACUUAUGUUUGAUGAUAUGAUGGACCGAUCGCUAUUUCGUCGAGGUCAACUAUGUUGGUAUCGGCACAAUGUUCUGGGAUUAGCAGCCGUCAAAGAUUGUACAUUUUUAUUGAGUGCAACAGAUUAUUUAAUUCGAAAAUACUUUAAAGAAAAAGAAUAUUACAUUGAUUUACUAGAAUUAUUCCACAAUAUCAUAUUUCACUCAGCAAUGGGCCAGAGUUUAGAUUUGCUUACUACCAAUUUCAACAAUAAGCUAAAUCUUAAUACAUUUACAAUUGAUCGAUAUAAUUCUAUGGCUGCAAACAAAACUGCGCCUAUUACGUAUAUUCUCCCAAUAAAUGCAGCAUUACGUUUAGCUGGAAUAAAAGAUCAAAAGAUAUUCAGUGAAGUAAAUCCUAUUCUGUUAGAAAUGGGACUUUUUUUCCAAGUUCAAGACGAUUAUUUGGCUUGCUUUGGUAAUUCCGAGAUUUGUGGCAAAGACAACACUGAUAUACAAGAGGGAAAAUGUUCGUGGCUGAUUGUUGUAGCUCUUCAACGCGCUACUCCGGAACAGCGUAGAAUUUUAGAAGAAUGUUAUGGAGUUUCAGACCCGGAAAAAAUAAAACGGGUGAUGCAGGUCUUCAUUGAUCUGGAUUUGCCGAACGUUUAUUCCAUGUACGAAAAAGAGACAUACAAUUUAAUAAGCGCUAAGAUACGACAGAUAUCAUGCAAUAUUUUACAGAGUAUUCUUCAAAAUUCAUUAGACAAAACUUAUGGUAGAAUAGCAUAAAAACAUUAAUAAAGAAACAAACAGAUAUACUAUAUUAUACGGAUGUAUAAUAUAUCUGUUUGUUUCUUUAUUAAUGUUUUUAUUUCUUUAAAACGCUUCUAAAAAAAAUCAUUAGGGUAAAAAUACUAUACCAAUUUUAUGCACAAAAUUUUAUUAUACUUCACAUAAACCUUAAUAAGAAAACAUUGUUAGAAACUUUUAAAAAAAUUUUUACUGACGUUUUAAUUAAAAUGGAAUAUUAUGUGUGUAAAAUUAUUGUUAUAUUCCUACUAUAAAGAUUCUCUUUUUAUAAAAUUUUAUUAUAAAAUUUUAUAAACAGAGAAUCUUUAUAUUAGGAAUAUAACAAUACUAAUUUUCUCUUUUUAUUAAAAUUUAGAUUCUUUUUUUAUUAAAAUUUUAUAUUUUAUAAAAACUUAUAAAAGAAGUUACCUUUUUGGAAAAAUCCUCAACUUUGUAAUGGAACAUCACAUGUUAUACUAUGUUCUACUAUAAUUUUUAUAAACGGUUUUAACACGAGGGAAUAAUGGAAUGUUUAAUAUAUGUUUAAAUGUAUAAAAAUAUUAUUUGCUCACAUGUAAAUAAAAGUUUUUUACAUUAUUAUAUUCUAUCAAUAAAUCAUACAUCAUAAAUCUUACAUUCCGAUUAGAUUUUAUUAAUUACUAUUGAUUACUACUAAUUACUUGACGCGUUAAAGUUACUCCAAGAAACACGUGUUUACUUGACGAUAGCAGGCAGUCGACUGGAUGUUAUUGGUUAUGUUAUAACAGUAUCGAAUGAUUGGUUAAAGCCAUAAGUUAAAACGCGGCAAUUCAAAAUUAAAAUAUUGAUUAAUACGAUUUACAUUAAGAUAAUUUAUUAGAAAAAUGUUGUAAACGCUCCAUAUUUACAUGCUCUAAGUCCCAGAUAAAAAAGGUGCGACUAACAUUCGAAAUAUCAUAAAUCUACGUGAUACAUUUUGUUAAAACCCUACUUUAAGUUCUUCUACUUUAAAAGAGCAAGCUGAUAUUAUUUGUCGUCUUUUUAACGUCAAAGACGUCAUUUUAAGGCAUAGAUCAGGUUGCGCAGACAAAUCUCGGUGUAAAUAAGACCAUUCGAAUGAUUUUACAUAAACAAGUAGCAUACGUACGUCAUCUCAAACAGUCUGAAUAGACUUUUGCACGUACGGUGAAAGUUAAAUUAAAAAAUUGUCAACAUUUACAUGACAAUAGCUUGUAUUGUAGUAAUGUGGUUUUAUGAUCAAAUUGCUAUGAUCAUAAAAGAAACAUCCAUAUGUAUUGUUAUUCAAUAUACCGAUCAUAUAUAGCAAAGCCAAAAAUAAAAUUUAUCUCAGUAGUAUUUUUCAGUUUUCUCCAAUGUCUCAUUUUCUACAAAAAAAUAUAAUCUUGUAUAGUAAAGUAUAAAACGUUAAUGUGUCUGAUUUAAAAGUAUAAACACUAUACAUUUAACAAAAACAUUUUUACUUUUCUUAUUAUUAUUAAAUUGGGUAGUUCAUGAUCUGUCGCAAUUUCAUAGUUUUAUUCGUGAAUCAAUUAUUGCCUGUUGUUCAUCAUAUUUUCUAAGAUUUGUUAUAAUAUCAAAACGUUGAAUUGUAACAAUUGGCUCAUUCGGAUAUGACUCAAAUGAUGAGCAGAGAGGAAAUAAUUCGAGAAGUGGUGGCAAAACGCCGCACGUAUUAUUAUAAUUUUAAAGAUUCUCUUUUAAAAAAUUCUAUAUUUUAUAAAAUCUUCUUUUAAAAAGUUACCUUUUUGGGAAAAUCUUCAACUUUGUAAUAGAAUAUUAUAUAUUAUACCAUUUUUACGUAAACGUUUUAAUACGAGAGGAUAAUUAAAUAUUUAACAUGUUUGUGUAAUAUUGUGUAAAUGUAAAUAUUAUUUGCUUAGAUAUACAUAUAAAUAAAAGUUUUACAUUAUUA